GAUAAAAGGGGUGUAGCUCCAGGCGGGGCUGAGUCAGGCGCAGCCGUGAUUUCAGGGCAUCUCCAUUUGGUGGCUGCUGUGAUUUGAAAGCCUCAGACGUCUCAGGUGACUGACGCUGGGAGCCCCUGAAUGAGCAAUGCUGGGUGCAGCCCCACCCGGAGGCUACGGAGCUGGGGGUGCCUGGCCGGGGGGGCCCUGCUUGCAGUCUUCUGGCUCCUGUGGCUGCUGGGGUCGGCCCUCAAGGGUGCCCCAGCCCCCCAGCCCACAAUCACCAUCCUUGUCUGGCACUGGCCCUUCACUGACCAGCCCCCAGAGCUGCCCGGCGACACCUGCGCCCGCUACGGCAUGACCCACUGCCGUCUGAGCGCCAACCGGAGCCUGCUGGCCAGCGCGGAUGCCGUGGUCUUCCACCAUCGUGAGCUGGAGACGCGGCGGUCCCGCCUGCCCCUGGCCCAGCGGCCGCGUGGGCAGCCGUGGGUGUGGGCCUCCAUGGAGUCCCCCAGCCACACGCAUGGCCUCGGCCGCCUCCGCGGCGUCUUCAACUGGGUGCUGAGCUACCGGCGCGACUCAGACAUCUUCGUGCCCUAUGGCUGCCUGGAGGCCCACUCGGGGCCCUCGCCGCCACUGCCCGCUAAGAGUGGGGUGGCCGCCUGGGUGAUCAGCAAUUUCCAGGAGCGGCAGCAGCGAGCGCGGCUGUACCGGCAGCUGGCGCCCCACCUUCGGGUGGACGUGUUCGGCCGUGCCAGUGGGCGGCCACUGUGCGCCAACUGCCUGCUGCCCACCGUGGCCCGGUACCGCUUCUACCUGUCCUUCGAGAACUCGCAGCACCGCGACUACAUCACCGAGAAGUUCUGGCGCAACGCGCUGGCGGCCGGCGCUGUGCCUGUGGUGCUGGGGCCCCCGAGGGCCACCUACGAGGCCUUCGUGCCUCCUGACGCCUUCGUGCACGUAGACGACUUUGGUUCGGCCCGCGAGCUGGCCGCUUUCCUCACUGGCAUGAACGAGAGCCGCUAUCGACACUUCUUCACCUGGCGUGACAGGCUCCGCGUACGGCAGCUGGCCGACUGGCGGGAGCGCUUCUGUGCCAUCUGUGCCCGCUACCCCCACCUGCCCCGAGGCCAGGUCUAUGAGGACCUGGAGGGCUGGUUCCAGGCCUGAGCUCCCGCUGGCCAGGGGAGGUGGGUGUGGGUAGAAGGGCUGAGUGUCGCAAUCAAACCACCAAGCAUCCGGCCCCCAGCAGCAGCCAUCAGGAGGCUGGGGUCAGAGGCCAGGAAGUGAGGGUGAGGGAGGAGCAGGCUGAGCUGGGGAGGCUGCCUGGAGGAGGAGGCUGGUGGGCCCUGAUGGGGUGUCUGGGUGCACCAAAGAGGACAGGCUGCUGGGGAACCUCCUCAUCUUGGACAAGUCUUGGGUGGGUCAAGAUGCCCCAGGCUGCAGUGUGUGGGGCCCAAGUGUGGGCCCCUGAGCCUCCUCCAUAACUGAGGCGCCCUGGUCCCUGCGAUGUAGGCACAGGGCGCUGCUGCUCCCGCUGGGCCAGGAGACCCUGGGGGAGGGACCGGCUGCUCCGGGCAGGAGGGCACACAAUAAAGAACCCAACCAGGA